AUGACGGCGCGGGGCACCUGGCCAGGAGCCCCAACGGUGCGUAUUGAAGCUUUGGAGGCAACUGACAAAGUAGGAAGCACUGGCCCGUACCAAACUACAGAAUUUGCAAGAAAGCUGUGGCUGGAGAAUGAAAAUUUGGCAGACGACCGCUUCGAACGUGAAGGAGGAGACGAGGACGUCGGGAUUCUUGUUGGAAUGGACCAAAUGUUAAACAUUAUGUUCAAUGAGUCAGCAACUACUAGACCGUGUGGACUCAGAGCCUACACUUCCAAUCUUGGAAAAGUUAUCGGCGGUCCAUCACAAGAAAAAACAUCGAAACAAAGUCAAACAAUUGUCAAAAACUUCGCAAAUUUGAACGACUGUGUUGCUGUGGAGAAGGACGAUCAAUUCCGCUCCUUCUGCGAAGACAUCACGCGAUUUGACGACGGCAGAUAUUGCACGCCAAUUCCAUGGACAACUGACAGAUGGAGAAUGGAAAUCAACCACCAGAUGGCAGCAGGAAGACUGCGGGGCAUGCUGACCAAGCUACGCAAAUCUCCAGUCGACUUGGCCAACUACACCAAAGAAAUCGAACAACUAAUAGCAAACGGAUUUGUAGAAGAGGCUGAUUUCAAUUACGAAGGCCUCCACACUUAUCUACCGCAUCAUCCAGUCUACCGAACAGACAAGGCCACCACAAAAAUUCGACCAGUUUUCGACGGCGCCGCAAGAUCCAGAUAUGGGCCGAGCCUCAACGAUGUUUUGGAGACGGGACCAAAUCUUAAUCCUGAUCUCCUCUCGGUCUUAAUGCGCUUCCGGAUGAACCGGAUCGCCUGGAUUGCGGAUAUUUAA